UUCACAUGCUGCGUUAGAUGCAAACAUACGACUUGCCAAGUGGAAAUAUGCUAAUGGUUAAACACUAUAUACUAAAAUUACCCUGGAAAGAACAGUUUUUUGUUGAAACAGGAGAUGCAGAUGCAGACCCAAAGUGCUGGAGUAACUCAGCGGGUCAGGCAGCAUCUGUGGAGAAGAUGGAUAGGUGACUGUUUGGGUCGGGACUCUUCUUCAGACUGAUUGUGUGGUGGUGGGUUGGGGGGAAAAAUGAAUAAUAAAAAUGAAUGACAAGGAUACCAAAAUAUAUUUCUGCUUUUAUGCUUUUUGGGAUUAUUUUGUCUCUUUUCUUCCAACAGCCAAGAGCAACCUAUUACACAGGAGGCCUGUGGCAUUUCUGGUGUGUAACCAACUGCCACCAGCUGGUUCUGUUCCCUCGCUCAUGUCUUUUUCUGAGAUCAAAACCCUUUUCCAUGAGUUCGGACACGCGCUGCAACACAUGCUGACCACGGUGCCCUACGCGAUGGCGGCCGGCCUCAGCAACAUUGAGUGGGAUGCCAUCGAAUUCCCCUCGCAGUUCAUGGAAAACUGGGUGUACGAUAGCAACACCAUAGCACUGAUCAGCGGCCACUACCAGACAGGGGAACCGUUGCCACAGGACGCCUUUGAACAACUGUUGAAAGCACGCCAGUACCGGGGAGGGUCUGUGUUACUGAGGCAGGUGUUCCUAUCAGCACUGGAUAUGAAGUUACACACAAGGUAAACCUUCCCCCGGGUCUACAGGGUGAAUCAGACUUUCAUCGUGCGAGGUGCAGAGUGGGAAAGAUUUAGGCUGUUUUCAGCUGAGAUCGUUUUCAACGUA